AUGGGAGAUUUCACUCCAGGUGGCAGCUCACGAGAAGCGCAGGGGGAGCCCGAAGAGGAAGGAGACGAUGAACGGCGCUUCAUCAUACGCAAUCUGGAUACCGGGCUGGAGAUGCGCGUGGACGACUUUGAGCGGCUCACCACCAUGGACGAGGAGGCGGCGCCGUCGCCCGCGGCGACGCCAACCAAAAAGCUGGGGAUCAAGAAACUCCAAAAGUGGACGCAAAAGGCGAAGCACGCGGUGGUGGCGGGGAUAAAGGAAGCUAAGGAGCAGCUGGAUAAGGAGGGCCGCGGCUCGCAUGACGGCGGCGAGGGCGCGGCGCAGCAGCAGCAGCAGCAGCAGCAGCAGCAGCAGCAGCAGCAGCGGCAGCUGUCCGACCGCGAGCGCGCCGACAGGGCGGUGCUGCCGCCGCAGCUGCAAGACAAGCUGCAGAGCCAGCUGCAGCACCUGCUGAAAGGCGCCAGGGCCAGGCGGCGCGCAGGGGGCGCGCAGCUCGCGCUCGGGGCGGCGGGCGGCGGCGGCGGCGGCGAGGAGCGGGCGGCCAGCCAGGAGCUCGGGGCGGGGGAGGAGCCAGGGGGCGCGCAGCCGUUGGAGAGGGCGUCCAACGGCGCGCACGAGGUUGCGCCGCAGCAUCCAGAUGGCGUUGCCGCGUCGGCGGCCACUUCGGCCGCUGCCGAAGCUGCUGCCGCUGCUGCCGCCGCUGCCGUGUCAAGCGCGGGGCCCGGCGGUGGACAGCGUGCAGAGCCUCCUACGGUGGGCUCCUCCAUCAAUGCUGAUGCUGCCGCCACUGCUGCUGGCGCCGCCGAGGACGGCGGCGGGUCGGACGCCGCGGCGGUGCCCGCCGCGGCCGCGUCUGCGGCUGAGGCUGUGGCCGUCGCCGUGGCCCCCGGGCGUGCUCCCGGGCCGCUGCCAUACCGCGCCUUCUCAAAGCAGGCCGCUCAGAACGCCGCGCUGCAGGCUGCCGGCCGCCUGCGUGGCGCCGCGGCGGCAACAGCGGCUGCCAUGAAAAUCACGGCGGCCGCGGCCGGCGGCGGGGCCGGCGGCGGCUUGGGCGCGGGCGCGGCCGGGCGCGAGGGGUCUGCGUCUUCGGGGCUCGGGCCGCGCGAGGCGGCGGCGCGCGACCCGAAUGCGAUCCGUGUGACGGCCCACAAGCGCAUGGCUGGGCAGCUGUUCUCAGACGUGUCCCUGGGCCAGGCCGUGGCGGCGCAUGCGGGCGUGAUCUGGGCGUGCGGGCUGUCGAAGGACGGCAGCUUCCUGGCGACUGCCGGGCAGGACUGUGUGUUGAGGGUGUGGCAGCUGACGAGCAGCAGGUCAAUUCAUUGA